AUGACAACCAUCCCAGCAGUAGUCCCACAGCCGAGCUUCUACGGCGACUAUGAAAAGGAGGAAGAGCCUACCAACUGGAUAAGGAAGUACCAACUGUCGUUACCACCUUCAUAUUCAGACGUAGAGAAGAUCAGUUGCUUCAAAUUACAAUGCGCGGCAGCCAGUCCGGCAGAAGAAUGGUUCGCGAACUUACCAUCGACGGACAAGACAACGUGGACAAACUUCCUGGCAGCAUUCAAAGUUCGAUGGCCUCCUCCAGCGCAUGCGAAACUAACGGUCGCGCAGAAGAAAGAACGACUCAAGUCAGUGGUAUUGAAAGAAGAAGAGAUUGGAGUUAUGAUAGAAAAGGACAGAGGACGGGAUUGGGGUCAUGUUAAGUGGGCUAAGCAGGUCGCGCAGAUGGCACUAGGGUUCGGAGACACCCAGUGUCACUUUUUGGACGUUGUCCUAGAGAACACCCCGGAAGUCUUACGGGAUUUUUUAGCAGACCACUACGCGAUGUGGGCAGAUUUCGAAGCUGACGUGGCCAAAACCUUGGUGUCCCAGCUUAUACGAGCAAAACAGCGUGUCGUGAACGAUCGAAAACUGCGGGAGGAUGUUGACAAGUUGCAGACUCAAACGUCCAACAGUCGCAAAGCCCCAGCUCCUUCGCCUCAGAACGCACAAUCUUCAUUUCCGUUACCACCUGUCUAUCGCUAUGGACCUCGAACCCGUUCAACGCGGCAACGCCAGUCCCCAGAACGAACCUUUUCUACGGCUAUCGAAGUGGAUACCCACAAACCCCAUCAAGAGGAAGAGGACCCUCAAGUACAGAUCGCGUACGAACGGCUGCACAAUACGCAGUCCUACCACACCACCCAGACUCUGAAGCAGGGAGGCAAGCUUACGCCCAGCAAGUCCAAGACUGGAGCACUCAACACGGCACUGGAGGCUGCACCCAACAUGAUGAGACCUUACCCGCUGAAACCAGGCACGUCACCUCUUGGUUCUCGCGAGUGUUUCAAUUGUGGGUUGGCAACGACGCCCAGCCACCAGGCGCAUGAGUGCCAAAACACGCCAAUCCCCAUGCAGGAAGGAUGCUGGAGGGAGAUGCAUCCAGUACAUAACUCCCAUGACGCCUCAACCAGCCCAGACAACAACGCAGCAGUACUAUCCCUCGUUCUACACACCUCAACAAUGGCAAUACGAACAGCUCGACAUGUCUGGAAAUGCGUACGGGCCGCAACAGUAGGGGAGCUCCCUGCGGCCCGUACCCAGAACCUUCAAGUAGAAGACACUGAGACCAUGGUCGUUAGCGACCCAGUCCAGAUUCCCCACAAUGAGCCCCCAUCCCCUGAUACGACUAACUGUUCUAUAAGCGUGCCAUCCACGGUACCAGCAUCUCCCUGGCUGUCAAGCUUCGAAUCGUCUCUGGUCAGCACCCCAGCUCCACCUUCGCCGGUUGAGCUAAGUGCUCCAGUCGAAGACGAUCAAGUGACGGAUGAUGAGUUUGUGGUACCCACUCUGGAAAUUGAGGUUGUUUCGCCGCAGAUCGCUGCUUCUAUCACUCCCAACUCUGAUUCAUUGUCUAUAUCGGACUCUUUAGACCCCAGUUCUACUUUUUCUUCUACCUUCUCUGUUCCCCCCUUACCGUCAAGUACUGAAUUAGGAUCCGUUGGAGAGCUUAGUAACCCAACACCUACCACCACAAUACUUGAUACGUCAGAUACCGCCUCAAGUUUAGAUUUCGUUACUGAUUUUUCGCUAAGUGAUACAUUUAUUGUUGAAAUGACAGACACUGCUGACUGUUACCCAAGUGUGAUUAAACCAGAGAUUGUAAAUUUGUAUAAUACGUCCAACGACUCAGAAGAAGUUACGGAAAGUGCGCCCUUCACCACCCAAGACAACAGCAGACAAUCAACAGCACACACGGAACAUUACGUGUUUGAAGUCGGAUCGCACAUCACAACAGAUCAGCUGGACGCAAGGAUCGAAUAUCUCGCGAAAGCAGGAGCACAUGUUGUGCAAGCAAACCAAAGGCCAUUUGUAUCACCGGUAACAGAACAGUCCUCACCAUCCCCAUGCUCACCAGUUAUUUUUACAGCAGCAAACGUCAAUAUCGAGACCAGCGACAAACCAAUAUGGCCUGUCUUCGACCAACAUGAACACGAAACGUUGGGUGAAGUGCCCGAAUUCCUGAACACCUCGUUUCAGACCAAUGUCUACUCUCGUCACGCCAACCCGUUCAACCCGAAACGAGUGGCCGAAAUCAUGCGUAUGAUAAAGAUUGGUGAUGACCUGUCGGAAGAACAAUGA